UUGUGUAAUAUGUAGACGUGUGCAACAUACUAACUUUGUUAUCGCACAAACUUAAAAGUGAUACACAAAAAACGUUCUAAAUGUUAAGUAAACGCGUGGCGAAUGUGACAAAAACCAGAACAAACCUACCAUACACAACUAGCUUUUUGGAAAUUUAAAUGUUGUUGCAGCUUGCAUGUUCUAUAUUGCAUAUAUCCUUUUUGCUCCAAGUUUUUAAAAGUUUUGUGUAAAUACUGUUGGAAGAUGAAACUGUUGAUGCUUUGGGAGGGGGAAAGGAAGAGAGAAUAUAUUCCAUAUAUUCAACAACGUGACUCGUUCAAUACUUACGACUUGAUGAAGCGGUAAACCUCUUAAAAGUUAUUAAAUGAAAUGAGACGACCAAAUAUAAAAUGGUUGUUUAAAACAGCAUGUCUACUUGUAAUUGCUGGAACACUUUUUAUACUAAUUACUGGAUAUUUGUCUGCCAGUCCCUAUACAAACAAACUCCCCAUUCAAAGACCAAAUGCCGUCCCAUAUGUACAACAAGCCGAUAAAAAUUUGCCUAUGAUUGAUGGCGAUGAGGAGCCGGUGGUACCAGCUCCAGAGGAGCAGAAUAAACGAAAACACCACAAUAGGCCACAGAAGGUUCCUCCCAUGGAACAACCACAAAUUAGGAAAGAUAACAAUCACAAUGCGGACGAACUUCAGCAUGCAGAAGAACAGCCGGAACAGCAACAACUGCUGCCACCAAAUCAUGUAAAGAAAGACUGGCAUGAUUACACAGCCAUGGAGCGUGAUUCUAAACGCGUCGGUUUUGGAGAGCAAGGUAAACGCGCUACCAACAACGACGAAUCAACAAAAGAUAUGGAACGAAAAAUGUCUCUGGAAAAUGGGUUUAAUGCUUAUUUGUCAGAUAUGAUAUCAGUUAAUCGCUCUGUUCCAGAUAUUCGCAACAAAGGUUGCCGAAAAAAACAUUAUGCUGCAGAACUAUUGACUGUAAGUGUCGUAAUACCAUACUACAAUGAACACUUCAGUGUGCUGGUACGUUCAGUCCAUAGCUUGGUAAAUCGAUCGCCGCCGGAACUACUAAAAGAGAUUAUAUUAGUAGAUGACUUCAGUGACCGUGAAUAUCUAUUUAAACAAUUAGAUCAGUACGUAGCAGAAAAUUUUCCAAAUUUGGUACAAAUUAUACGCUUAAAAAAACGCACUGGUCUAAUUGGGGCAAGAAUGGCAGGGGCACGCAAAGCUACAGCUGAGGUGUUGAUAUUUUUGGAUUCGCACAUAGAAGCAAAUUAUAACUGGCUACCACCACUAUUGGAACCAAUAACAAUGAAUAAACGCACAGCGGUGUGUCCUUUUAUUGACGUUAUCGACCACUCCAACUUUGAGUACCGUGCUCAGGAUGAGGGAGCUCGGGGCGCGUUUGACUGGGAAUUCUAUUAUAAACGAUUGCCAUUGCUACCAGAGGAUCUAGUGGAUCGGACUAAACCAUUUAAAAGUCCUGUUAUGGCUGGUGGUCUCUUCGCCAUAUCAAGGGAAUUUUUCUUUGAAUUAGGUGGUUACGAUGAGGGUCUUGAUAUUUGGGGUGGAGAACAGUAUGAAUUGAGCUUUAAGAUAUGGAUGUGUGGUGGCGAAAUGUAUGACGCGCCAUGUUCUCGCAUAGCUCAUAUAUACCGUGGUCCACGCAACAGUGCUCCCAGUCCACGAAAAGGUGACUAUGUGCACAGGAACUAUAAACGUGUUGCCGAAGUUUGGAUGGAUGAGUACAAGAACUACUUGUAUGAACAUGGCCAGGGCAUCUAUGAAGGUUUGGAUGCUGGAGACCUUACAAAACAGAAAGCAAUUCGUAAGAAGCUCCACUGCAAAUCGUUUAAAUGGUUUAUGGAAAACGUUGCCUUUGAUUUGAUGAAAGUCUAUCCCGCUGUAGAACCGGCCGAUUAUGCAUAUGGUGGUAUACAAAAUGUAGGUGCUCCAACAUUGUGCGUGGACACGUUAAGCAAGCCUAGGCACUCAGAAAUUGGUUUGUACCCAUGUCACGAGGAUAUCAAGAGACCCCAGCGCAAUCAAAAUUGGGCUCUGAGUUGGCAUCGUGAUCUUCGUUUGCGGCGUAAAUUAGACUGUCUAGAUGUGCAGCAAACACACAAAAACGCCCCAGUCUGGCUAUGGGAUUGUCAUGGUCAGGGUGGAAAUCAGUUCUGGUCAUACGAUAGGGAGCAUAAUUGGUUAGUUCAUGGUCGCAAUCACGGCAGCAAUAAACGUUGCUUAGAGGCAUCUCCAAAAAACCGAAAGCUUUACGUAAACAUAUGCGAUGAAGACAAUCUUAAUAUGCAGUGGCGUUUUGGUGUAGUCAAUAAUACUGCCUUAGACUCUUUUUGGGAUGAAAUUCCCGCCACUCAUUGAAAUCAGUUAUUAAUAAUUACUUAGAUAUGUUUGUGAAAGUUUUAUAUACAUAUUAUUCUCUGAUAUAAUUAAAAGAAGCGGCGCCAUAAAGUAUCCCUGUCUCGUAACGAAUAAAUACCUUCGUGUUUAUAUUCUAUGUACUUAAAAUGAAUAUAAAUAAUAUGCCAGAUUCCGGUAAACGUUCAUAAACCCCAUUUUUAUUUUGCGCGGUCCGAACGCUGAAUAAUUGGUUGUGGGUGAUGAUCGCUCUUAGAAAGCUUUUAGACCUUUUGACAGUUUCUAGCUCUAAUAAUGAUUGAAAAGACAUUCUAAGGGGUUCGAACAUCCAAUUGUAAGCUUCGUGUCAACUUUUUAUUGGGCGUUUUAAUUCAAAAUUUUAAGGCGGCCGAAGAAAAAGUUGGGUGUUGUGUACGUUAAGCAUUAUGACCGGAUUUCCGACAUUCCUUGAUUAUAUAAAACCACAUUUCAAUUAUAACCAUAAUUGAUAAAUAAAUUAUUUCCAAAAUGUAAAUAAGUUAUGUGCACAAAUUUAAGUGUUUGCAAUGUGACACUUAUAAGAUUUUAUAUGAAGUUAUUAUAUACUCUAUUCCGAGAAUGCCAAUACUUAAGCUAAGUAUACAUACAUAAAUAAAAUUCCUAUACUUUAUCAAAUAAAUAUACGGAAGCAUGCCAUUUGCAAUUAAUUUAGUUAAAUUGUUAUAUAUUAUAUGACGAAUGUCCCAAAUAAAGCAAUGAAUAGAUUUAUAAUGCAAUGUAUGACUAUUUCGACAUGUUUCAUUUUCCAUCGCUGCUAUGAAAUUGAGCUAAGCCCAAUUUCAACUAGUUGGGCCGUUGCGCUUCUUUUUUCAUCAUUUUGAAGCUGAGUCAAAGCUUUGGUCAGCGAGUAUGUUAUCUACUUCCAUAUAUAUUUCGUAAAAGUACCAUUGUUACGGUAACCCUAACAAUCUUCUGUUUUAUUGUAAUAAUCAGGCAACUUCAUGGCAGCGCACUUGGUUCAACAGUUUUUGUAUUUCUGCACACACGCUGAGUCAAGUUGUAACCGUCAACCAAUACACAUCUUUUAAAGACAAUUUCAUCAUACUUGCUUAAUUAGCUUUUAUUUUUCAUUAAUAUCAUUUAAAGUAUUGUUUAAUUAAAUAAAUUGAUUGUUAUGUUUUAAACAUCGACUUUUUAUUGAUCGACCAUCUCGUAAUAACAUAACAAUUGUGGCGACGAGGAUUUGUUGAAAGAACCACUGCAACCACAAUAACGAUUGCGGCGACGAGGAUUUGUUGAAAGAACCACUGCAACCACAAUAACAAUUGUGGCGACGAGAAUUUGACGAGGAAUUUUCCAAAAAAAACAACAGGAAGGUGCAAGCAUACAAUCGCACAAACAAUAACAAUUGUGGUGACUGGAAUUGUCAACAGAGGAAUUACAAAUUGAUCAGCACAUACACAGUGGCAGUUGUGGUAAACAAAUUUCAGUGGAUUUUCAUCAGGAAAAAUUGCAAAUUAUCAGCAGCCUACCCAAAACAAUUUGAUGGCAGGUAUUUCAUCAACCACCAACACACACACACACCAUAACAACUGUGGCAAGUCAACAUACAUAUUUGCAGCAUUGCAAAUACAAGCAGACACUAGAACAGUCUAGAAUUGUCGGAAGAUGCAAAUAUUGUGAAAUUACUUUCAAGUCAACAUGAUUUGUUAGUUAAACUCACACUACUCAUUGCAAACCAAAACACAGAUGCGAACACAGUCACGUCAUCAAUUCCAAUUAAGGAAUCACCAGUGGCAAAAGCUCAACUCAUGGAAUCUUUAGCUAACUCCAUGAUGGAGUUUAACUAUGAGCCUGAUAGUGGUUUAUUAUUCGAUUCUUGGUACAAUCGUUACAGACACAUCUUUGAAAGAUAAGCCAGUGCUCUGGACGAUGCAGACAAAGUUGGUCUCUUAUGGAGAAAAAUGUCUAAUCACAUUCAUGAACGUUUUACCAAGACAACCCCAUGAACUUUCUAUGGAAGACACACUCAAGCAUCUUUCCAAACUGUUUGGCAGAACCGAAACACAAGUAAGUCAACGUUACAAGUGCCUUCAAAUAUCGAAGACGGAAAACGAAGAUUUCAAGGAGUACGCAAGUCGAGUUAAUCAUCAAUGUGAACUUCUUAAAUUAGAUGAACUAAACGCAGAUCAGUUCAAGUGCUUAAUUUUUAUACUUGGUCUUAAAUCAUCCGAUGACGGUGAAAUCAGAAUCCGUUUGUUAAGACACCUAAACGACAGCAAUGAAAUGGUCAAAUUGGAAAAGCUGAAAAUUGACACAGCGUUAAUCGAAGAGAAACCGAAACAGUGUAACAGAAUUGGUAAGCACAAACAGAAACAGAAAGUACCGAAAACUUCUUGUUGGUAUUGUGGAGAGUUGCGUUAUGCUAAACAUUGUCCAUACUCCAAUAAGAAAUGUCCAACAUGUCAACUGAUUGGACACAAAGAUGGUUUUAGCAACAGCGCUAACAAAGGCGUCAGAGCAAAUCAAACCAACAAAAGAGCAAAGCCAGUCAUGAUUCAAACUCAACGACUAACAAAACAAAGCAUCAAAAUUCCAACAGCAGCAACAACAACAACAAAACAAGAUUCAGUGCAAAAUCAGUGUUUCCUGUAAAUCAAGUUCAAUUCAAGAAAUUAAGAAAAUACGUCACCGUGAGUAUGAAUGCAAAACAAGUAAAAUCACAGGUGGACACGGCCUCUGACAUAACGAUUAUUUCAAUCUCGACGUGGAAAUUUAUCGGAGAGCCAGAAGCAUUCACUACGACAAGACACGGCAAAUGAUGCAAAUGCUAAUAAAAUCUAAUUAUUGGCAACAUUUUCAACGGAAGUCACAAUAGGCGAAAUAUCCAAGAUUGUGGACUAUAGUAGUAGUAGUAUUUAUUGAGUCUUUUCUUUUUCGAUUACAUUGGAAUACUGGAAUGUACUUAUCGAUAACAAUAUAAUAUACUAAGAACUAUUGUUGUUUGGUUCUAAUACACGAUUAUUUGUCUUAUUUGCUACUUGCUUAACAUGAAGUUGUGUAUAUGAAUGAAAAAUCAUAACAAAUGAAUUUUGUAAAUAGAAGACUUGCUCCCGGUCCUCACUGUCUCUAACAGAGCUUGAUUUUCUGUUAAAUAAUAAAUAAUCUUAAAAUUAAAAAACAUCUAAAACGAAAUAACAAUAAGUCUGUUAAUCACUAUAUCGAACAGAUCGGAAUGGUUUAACCAAAUAAUAAAUGUAGUAAGGUAUCACAGAUCGUGUGUAUGAACUAUCGAACUUUCAAAUACAUAUAUAAGGCAAGAUA